GCACAUCUCCUUCUGAUGCAGCAGUUGCUAGUAAUUCAUCUUCACAACCUUUAUCACCUCAAGUUGAUAAAUUACAAGUUCCUGUACCAGAAGGCUUACUUGAGAAGUUUACCUCAAUAAGAAUGUCUUAUGGAAGCCUGUUUUACAACGUUGGCAAGAUUAUUAAGCAGAAGUGCUGCUCUCUGAAAGAUAUUAAAGAGUUUCUUUCUUGUUGUGGCACUGUUCUUAGUAGAAAAGUUAAGAAGUGUCGUGAUAUUUCUAGUGUAUUGCAUCUAAUUCAAAAUGAGUGUUCACUGACUAAUAUCGCACUUCUUCGUAGUGUAGUGGAUGAGAUGAAAGUCAGUGAGGCUGAGGAGCACAUUAAGACUUAUAGAACAGAGUUAGAGGAAUUCUGCAAGUCACUCUCCAUUAGUCUUUGUUUAAAGGAAAGAUUCGCUUCGAUCCCUCAUCUUGAAUGUGAAACAGUUACUUUUAUCUUCGACUGGAAGCCAGAGGAACAUGUAUUGAAGGAUAUCUUGGAGCUCCUUGCAAAAGUGUCUGGUAAAUUGCUAAAGAUUGACUAUAUAAAACGAAGCAAUUCAAUAUCUGUCACUUGCUCCUUUCCUUUCCAUGAUGUUGGAUUUACUGUAUUGAGGAUGAUAGAGAAUAUUCAUGUACUAAUGGGACAAGCUAGGAUUAAAGAAACUGACUAUUGGUAACAUAACAUUAUGGAGGAGACAGGACGUUAGACAAAAGGAACUAAAAGAACAGGAUCAAGACUUACUGCAACACACUGAGCCUGAGGUUAUUUCUUAUAUUAUGCUCGAAGAAGCUGAAUAUAAACUAAGAGAUACUAUCAGUAGCAGAGAGGAGGAAGCAAUUGAACUGAAACAAGAAAUAUCAAUGGCUCAAGUAACUGAGGAGGAAUCAUUGUUUGUUCAAAGUGAUACUCAAUCAAUUAAAGAAGUUGAGGAGGAACCACUUCAUGAAGAGUUGACUGUAUUGAGGUCUCAAUUUAAUGAGACACAAAAAGAAAAUGAAGAAUCAUCAGGCAAAUUAUCAAAAAUGAAGAUUGAGUAUUUGAGAUCACUUUCUAGUAAUACUGAUUCAGCUGCUGGCAAAUUGAGAAGGGGAAUGUCUUUUGAAAUUGAUGACUGCAAGUUUUAUCUUAAAGCAAUGACAAGACCAGACUAUCAGCCAUUAGUAGAUAAUAAACGAAUAAUAGAGAAAUUACGGGAAAGAAUAACAUUCAUGAACAUGGAACUGAUUGCCGAAAAAGAACACAAUGAGAAGAUUAUAAAAAAUAUCAAAGAUUUGAAAGAGGUUGAGUACAAGAGACAAAAAGAAAAGGAACAGGAAAAUGAAGAAAUGUGUAUAGUAAAAUUCUCAUUAUAUUCUAAUCAUCCUGUUACUGGUGAAUUAAUGGAUUCAACACUCAAUGUACAUAAAGAUGAAUUACUACCCUCAGUACUGAACAAAGCUUAUAAGUUAAUGAAAUUAGCUCCUUAUAUUCCUAUUGAAAGAUGCCGCUUGGUUAAAUAUAAUUAUGAAUGUGAUGUUAUGAACCAGUCCUUUGAUCUUGAUAGGGUAAGUUCUAUCAAGAGUACAUAAUAUUAGGGAGAGUGU